CGAUAAGCUCGUGUUCGUGGGGGUGCCCGCGUGGCCACUGAAAUCCGCCGCGAUCACGUCGGGGUCACCAAUUUAGCGAGGAAUCGAGGUGCAGGGUUUCGCGCACAAUAAAGAAUAACACCUUCUCACUUAUAGUUUUCAAAUUAGACUUUAUUACUAGACUAAUAUCACAAACUUCGAGAUCGCGUGGCGGACAGAUUGCUGUGUGUCGGUGUCGUACUGGCGGACGAUGUGUCGCGUGCCGUUGCCUGUGACCAAGAGAGCGAGCGGCUUGCUCGUCUCCGGCAGGAAACGCUCGGGGGAGGGCAGCGCUCUCUAGUAGAUCGCCCGAGGCUGAAGGAGCUGCUUGCGGCGACCGCGAGAUGGUGCCAGCAGUCCGGGUGGAGCAACCGCCACACAUACAUACAAAAUUCUAACCUAAUACUUUUAUACUGAUACAGUAAUACAAUAUUAGUGAAAAAAGUACUCCUAAAGUAAUAGUGAACGUUGUUGUUAUUAUGAUAUUAAUAUAAAAGAACUAGUGGUACAGAGAAAAAAGUGAGAAUGGCUGAUGAGUUCGACGACGUUGUUUUGGAAAUUUUGAACGACGAAGAGGAAGAGGAAAUUCAAAGGCGCAAUAGAUUUCAACAACUGCGAAUGGAAAGACGUCAGCUCAGAGAUGCCUCUAACCCUUUUACUUUGUCAGCGGAAUAUUUUAUAAGAUAUUACAGGAUGCCUCCAGAGGUUGUAAUACGGCUCAUCAAUCAAAUUCAAAACCAUUUAUUGCCAGAGAGGAGUACUGCAGUUCCAGCAUAUCUAUCAGUGCUCAUAACAUUGAGAUUUUUAGCAGAAAGAGCUCUGCAAAAAGAUUUUGCUCAAGAUUUCGUCCAUCCCGUAAGCCAGUCUACAGCGAGUGCAUGUAUACACCGAGUGAUUGGUGCCAUCAAUCACUUGGCAAAUGAGUACAUGCGAUUUCCUGUAAUGGAAGAGCAAUGGCAAUAUAUUUCAAACAGAACUAUUAGGAUUGCAGGUAUAAUUGGAGUAGUUGAUGGUUUCUUAGUUUCCUUCCAAAAGUAUAGAGUCAAUGAGGAGGCAUUUUUUAAUUAUCGUGUCGGCUCAUCAAAACAAUUGAUUGUAGACUCUGAUUACAAUAUCUUGAAUAUACGUGUCUGCCCCGGCAGCAACAAUGAUAGAUUUGUCUGGCAAUUUAGUGAUGCCAAAGAAUAUAUGGAAGGACUUCGUAGGGAUGCAAAUUUUCCUCAUCGCUAUUAUGCAUUAGCGGAUAGUGGUUACACUCCCUCUUCAGUUCUAUUGACACCGGAUCUCCAUGCAGCAGUAGGAUCGCCAGCUGAAAGAUAUACAAUGGAGCAUUUGAGGACUCGUUGCAUUGUUGAACAGACAAUUGGACUUCUCACUAAUGUGUGGAGGGCAAUCAGUAGAAGCAGAAAAUUAUAUUACUCCCCAGAAAAUGUUGUAAACAUAAUCCAUGCUUGUGCCAUUUUGCACAAUUUCUGAAGAAGGCAUGGUCUUUAUGAUGAACUUGAUGAUAAUAUCGAGUCUGUAGUGCACAACAACAAUCGCGAAGAUGAUCAUGAGGGAAGAGGAUAUCAGCAAGGAAUCGCAGAGAGAAAUCAACUUAUUGCUCAGUAUUUUUAUUAAUUAUUAUUAUUUUUAAAAGCUUCUGUUACCGCUAAAAUGUAAAAAAUAAAAAACUUUUUUAAAAAA